UUCUAGCAUUGAGUCAUCCAUUUCGCAUGAAAAGGAGCUAGUUUGAUGAACACAUUGAAAAUGGCAUUAGGCCAAAGAUAAAAACUGGUGAAGAAGAUUCCAGUGAAGUUGAUAAAAUUGUAAAUGAUUGGGCAAAAGUGGUAAGCGAAAGAGAAAGAAGAAUACGACUCAAUUCAAUGUAACGUGGAAGAAAAAGUCAAUAUUUUUCAGGCUACCAUAUUGGAAGGUAACUCUAUUUAUGUCAUUUCCUUUUUUUAAUACAUCUAAUUGCGUGUAGUAUCUCAUGACACAAGUAAUGUUUGAUUUGCAGACUUUGCUUAUACGUCAUAAUUUAGAUGUGAUGCACGUGGAAAAGAAUAUUUGUGAGAGCAUCAUUAAUAAUACACUUUUGAAUGUGAAAGGAAAAUCGAAAGAUGGCAUUAACUGUCGUAAGGACUUGGAAGCUAUGAAUAUAGGCAUGAUCUACAUCCUGAGAGUAGAGGAAAUAAAUUUUACUUAUCUACAGCUCCUCACACUUUAUCAAAAGCUGAAAAACAAAUGUUUUGUAAAAGGCGUGCUACCUUGAGAUUACCUGAUGGUUAUGGUUCUAAUAUUGCAAAUUGCAUUUCAGUGAAAGAAUGUAAGAUAGUUGGACUGAAGUCUCAUGAUUGUCACCUUUUAAUGCAACAAUUACUAUCAGUUGCAUUGAACAGACUUCUUCCUAAAGGACCAAGGAACUCCAUUUUUAAAUUGUGUUCAUUUUUCAAUGAAAUCUGUCAAGGAGUUGUAAAUAGGAAAAAGGUUGAAAUUUUAGAAGAGGAUGUUUCUAAAACUUUGUGCAUGUUGGAAAGGUAUUUUCCACCUUCAUUUUUCGAUAUAAUGGUUCAUUUAACAAUUCAUAUUGGAAGAAAAGUUCGUCUAUGUGGACCAGUUCAAUAUUGUUGGAUGUACUCAUUUGAGAGGUAGUACUCUUUAUUCCCAGAAAUUAAAUCCACUAUCAAAUUGAUUUCUAUUUUAUUACGUUUUUUGAAAAAUGUGUAGGUAUAUGAAAGUGUUGAAAGGAUAUGUUAUGAAUCAUGCAAGACCUGAAGGGUGCAUAGCUGAACGAUAUAUUUUGAAGAAAAUGUGAUGUUUUGUAGCAAAUACAUAAAACAAGCAUCUGCAAUCGGCUCUAAGACUGCACACAAUGAAGAGUAUGAGAGUGACUUCUUAGUUGCAGGGCGUCCAAUUUCUAAAGGGAAGCCACUUGUACUAUCUGAUGAGAUGUUGAACGUUGCCCAUUGCUAUGUAUUGCUAAAUAGUGUAGAAGUGGCUCCAUACGUACAGUAUGUUCGUGAAGUAUAUAUUUUUUGAGAUUUUAAGUUCUUUGGGAUUUCUUGAUAUAUUGUUUUUUACUUAGGAUGCAUAUGGAUGAACUCAAGAGUUCUGACAAACAAUUUGGAAGAAAUGAGAAUUUGUUGCAUAAGAAACAUGUUGACACGUUUGCUACCUGGUUGCACAAUAAGAUUACAGGUCAAUUGUUGCUGGACAAUGUUUCAAAUACUUUGUGGCUUGCACGUGGUCCUAGAUGUCAGUCUAUGUCAUAUUCCAGUUUUGUAAGAAAUGGAUUUCGAUUUCACACUAAAGAUGCUGAAAACUUUCGCCAAAACAGUGGCAUCUUAGUUGAAGCAACAACCAUAUGUAGAUCUAGUGCAAAAUAUACUGCACAUGUUGUUGGGAAAGUUCUUUAUUAUGGAGUUUUGCGCGAUAUUAUAGUGCUUGACUACAAUACAUUUCAUAUUCCAAUAUUCUGGUGUGAUUGGGCAAAUAUUGUGAAUGGAAUAAAGAAGGAAGAUGGAUUCACUUUGGUUAACCUUUAUCAGGGAUAGGGGCAAUUUGAAAAUGAUCCUUUCAUUUUGGCAUCACAGGCGAAACAAGUUUUUUAUUCUAGGGAGAAUGAAACAUCUAAUUGGUAUGUUGUUUUGCAAGCAUCAUCAAGAGACUUUCACGCGUUACAUAUGGAAGAAGAUACUUCUUAUGGGCAACUAUUCCAUUGGAUGUAGCACAACUUGAAGACAAUCAUGAGGAGGAUGAGAAUUUUGCAAGGAUAGAUGUUGAAGGCAUAUUAUGUGAUAUAUAAAUUAAUUAGUUUGGUAACUGUCUUUAUACAUAUAAUUGUUUAAAUUA